UCUGGGCACAGGCGGGUCUCACUCACAUUCCAUCUAUUCACUGGAACUGGAAAUCUGACACUGUGUGGGAUGCAGCAGGGCUAUAUAAGACGAUCUUUAGUGCAAAUUAGUUUAGGUGUUUAGUUUUCGACAUUAAAGGACAUCCUAACUUGCACAGAUCUUCUCACUCAGCCAUGUCUGUCCGUCGCAGCAGUAAGACGUUCACCACUCGGAGUGUGUUGGGGUCAUCUUCCUCUGGUGCACUGGUCAUGAAUGGAGUGGGGAGUUCAGGGGCCUCUUUGUCUUUUGGUGGACAAAACUAUGGCAGCGCUGGGGGCUUUGGUGGCCGCAUCUCCAGAUCUUUGUCCACUUCAUCUUUGACGACGGCUGGUUAUGAGGUCACGUUCCAUGGCAAUGAGAAGCAGACAAUGCAGAACCUCAAUGACCGCCUGGCAUCUUACCUGGAGCGGGUGCACACCUUAGAGCAGGCCAACAAGAAAUUUGAGCUGCAAAUUAAGGAGUUUUAUGACAACAAGAGGCCGUUGCAGAGCAAAGACAUGAGUGCCUAUUUCAAAACCAUUUCAGAGCUCCGCGCACAGAUUAACAGUCGUUUUGUGGAGAACGCUAAGCUCUGUCUGAGUCUGGACAACACCAAGCUUGCAGCUGAAGAUUUUCAACUGAAGUAUGAGACAGAAAUGAAUCUGCGUUUGGUCGUGGAAGCGGAUUCGGCUCGACUGCGGGGGGUUCUGGGGGAGAUCAAACUCUCCAUUGGAGAUCUAGAGAACCAGCUUGCUGGACUGAAAGAGGAGCUGCUGUACAUCAAGAAGAACCAUGAAGAGGAUCUGCAUUUGUUGCGGCAGCAGCAAAGCGGCUCUGUUAAUGUGGAGAUGGACUGUGCAGCUCAGUCAGAUCUUGACAAGGAGCUGCAGGAGAUGAGAGCGCAGUAUGAGAUGCUCAUUGAGAAAAACCGCAGAGAGGCUGAAAGAUGGUUCCAGAGCAAGGCGGAGGUGCUGCAAACUCAGGUGACCAGCAGCUACACUGAAAUCAAGACAUCUCAGACUGAGCUCACUGAUCUGAAGAGAAGUUUCCAGAGCCUGGAGAUAGAACUACAGGGGGUUCUCACAAUGAAACAAAAUCUGGAGCAGAGUUUGGCUGAUGUAGGCAUGCGUUAUGCGGCCCAGCUGAGUCAGCUCCAGUUGCGUAUAGACCAGCUGCAGGAGGAGCUACAGAGACUCAAUACCAACAUCCAACAACAGGCUUCAGAGUACCAGAUACUGCUGGACAUCAAGAUGAGGCUGGAGAUGGAGAUCGCUGAGUACAGGAGGCUGCUGGAUGGAGAAGCUCACACGACCUUCAUAAGCACAUCUGCAUCUUCCAAGACUAAAACUUCUGUGACAGAGACAGAAACUGUGACCAAAAUGGUGGAGAUACAGGAAGAGGAAGAGCAUAACCCUCACCUCCAGCGCCGAGUGAAGGUCAUUGUGGAGGAGCUUGUGGAUGGUAGAGUCGUAUCUUCUUCUGUUGAGGAGAAAGUCCAAGAAAUUAGCUGAGAAGAUAAAGCAACAGCGUGUAAACAUGUCUAACAUGUAAACUAGAGUAUAUAGAUAAAUGUUAACUCUAGGGUGACCAUACGUUCUCUUUUACCCUGACUGGGAUUUCUAAAUUGCCUAAAAUGUCCUGGAUUUUGCUUUGAUUUUCUGUUGUUUUUGUACUUGCUGAAGGUAAUGACUGAAUGGUAAUUUGGCCAAUAGUGUGCAGACAUUGUACAUAAUCAACCAAUCAUGGCUCGCGAGAAGGUGGGAUCUGCAGAGAGCGGUCAAAGCAAUGCAAAUACGCAUACAUAUAAUGAAUGAGAGCUGUAGAAAGCAUGUCAACAUGAAAAUAAAGACAAAUUAUGCAAUUUAGAAGUUGGACUUAAGGUAAAAAAGAGGUCUUAUUGUCACCCUAGUCAAUGCAAAGUUUAAAUACAGCAUCAGUCUUAAUUAUGUGGCAAUAAAUUGGUAUUUUGGGGCUUUAAUUGAUCUUUUUCUUGCACUAAGAAUAAAAUGUGUUUAUAAUUAAUAGUAUAAUUUUAGCGUUAUUUUGUCAUCCAGUCAUUACUAGAACUGUGGUGUUAAUUUUGGUGUGUUUUGGAUGCAAGCCACUAGGUGUCGCAGUACGUCAAUUAAAACAAAACAGGUGAGAGGGUUUUUUUUUUUUUUUAUACUACUGUAAAUGGAAAUCACAUAUGAACGUCACAUUUUCAUAUACCUAUCAUAUAUCAAAUGCUAAAUUUACAAUUUGUGAAGAUGGAAAUCACAGUAUCAGAUUUAAGGGAAUAUCAUUUUGAAUUAAAAGAGAAUCACAACUUUA